GCAGGUAAUGCAGGUAGUGAAAGAACAGAUAAUGAGAGCACUCACUACCAAGCCUAGCUCUCUGGAUCAAUUCAAGAGCAAACUUCAGAAUCUCAGUUACACGGAAAUACUGAAAAUACGCCAGUCUGAAAGAAUGAACCAAGAAGAUUUCCAGUCUCGUCCAAUUCUGGAACUAAAGGAGAAGAUUCAGCCGGAGAUCUUAGAACUGAUCAAGCAGCAACGUCUCAAUCGACUUGUGGAGGGCACCUGCUUUAGGAAACUCAACAGUCGACGUCGACAAGACAAAUUUUGGUAUUGUCGACUUUCACCUAAUCACAAGGUCUUGCACUACGGAGACUUGGAAGAAAGUCCACAGGGAGAAGUCCCUCAUGAUUCCUUGCAAGAUAAAUUGCCAGUGGCAGAUAUAAAAGCUGUUGUGACUGGGAAGGACUGCCCACACAUGAAAGAGAAAGGAGCUCUUAAACAAAACAAGGAGGUGCUAGAGCUUGCUUUCUCGAUAUUGUAUGACUCAAGCGGCCAGUUGAAUUUCAUUGCUCCAGACAAGCAUGAGUACUGUGUAUGGACCGAUGGUUUGAACGCCCUCCUUGGGAAGGAUAUGUUGAGUGACCUAACGCGGAACGACCUAGACACGCUGCUCAGCAUGGAGAUAAAGCUACGCCUCCUUGACUUGGAAAAUAUACAGAUCCCAGAUGCUCCCCCACCUAUCCCAAAGGAGCCCAGCAACUACGACUUUGUUUAUGACUGUAACUGAGGCAGUCACUGAAACUUGCUCUGAAACUGGAAAUACAUUAUAACUGGAGAGAUAUUAAAAAAAAAAAAAAAAAAAAAAAAAAAAAAAAAGAGUGUGAGGGAAAAAAGAAACCCACUUUUGCACCUUGGAUUUUGGCUUUGGGGAGGGAUGUAGAAACACUUGCAUUCCUCCCUGUUCCCUGCAUCCCUUCCUUCCCCAUUCCUUCCCAUCUUCCCCAUUGCUCAUCCAAAUCCACAUUGCUUUAAUUAACUUGUAAUUGCGGGCCAUUGGCCUUGCUUAAGGCAAAGACUGCCACUAAGAAGCACCCUCCUGAGGACUUUUUUUACAUUUUUAAUACUGGAAUAGACAUUCUUAACUAAAGGACGUUGUUAUCAAACUGCAUGCCUGUGAAACCCACCUGGCAGGGCAGAGGCUUUAACUGGAAGGAGGAGGGAGGUAGGGAGCAGAAGCAGCUACUGUAAGCAGAAGAUUUCCCCAGACACUCACAAGAGCCUGCUCACCACCGAAUCCAAUGAGAUGAUGAAAUUCGUUAACUGCUUCCCAGUGCUUGCACCAUCCGUCACUGUCAUUAUUCUCUCCACCGUCAUCUCAACUCCUGCCUCCAGCCUUCACCCAACUGAUCGGCUCCCAGAAUGGAAAGUCUGCAGGUUUUUGCUGUACCAUACGCUGCAAUGCUGCAACAGCUUUUAACUUCUUUUCCUCCCAGCUCUUACAAUAGCCCCACACUAGCAGAUCACUCGCACAAACCGUAUACGAAGCCACUAGUGUGUCCCAUUUCCUGUAGCAUUCCCUAAGCCUCAGUUGCCUCUGAAAUUGGCUUGUUGCUAUUUGAAGUGAUUUUUAUUUCCUUGGUCCAAAGUACGACAGUAAUUUUCACAAAUUAAUUACAACUGCCAAACAUCCAGGUUUACAUCGUUGUCAUUGCUACAGUGUUAGAAAUUUGCAAGGGAUUUUUUUUGUACGGGUUCUAAUUUUUUUAUUUUAUUUUGCCAAACAAAUAUAUUUAAUGAAAACUAAUUUCAUUGUGAGUACUUUUGGGGAACAAUAUUUUUACUUAAUUUCCAUUAGGAACAUUUGCCCUGAAGGGAAAAACCAUCAUUCCCUUCAACUUCACUGUUGAAUAAAAAUCUGAGUUGUGAUGAUUCUUGGAA